AUGAAAUAUUACAUACAAGAAACAAAAUGGAAACAAAUUUUUGCAAAUUUGAAAAGCGUAAAAGGAAUACACAGUAAAAACGAAGAUCGGAUAAGAAGGUUCAUGGAAUCAGUGUGGUACAUGGCUCGAAGUGGUUGCCAAUGGCGACUUUUACCAGAAAUAUAUGGCAAUUACAGAAGCGUACAUAAGAGAUUCAAAAAGUGGUGUGAAAAGGGAAUUUGGGAAAAGCUGCUCAAAUAUACACAAGAUCCAGAUUUGGAAGUGCAAAUGAUAGAUGGAACAAUCGUUAGAGCACAUGCUUGUGCGGCUGGAUACAAGAAGGAUACCGGAGCUCAAGAAGCACUGGGACGCAGCAAAGGUGGCUUUACAACAAAGAUACAUGCUCUUGUUGAUGCUCUGGGAAAUCCGCUUAAAUUUACUUUAACUGCUGGUCAAAGGAACGAUAUUACACAGGCUGAAGCAUUAACUGAGAAUGUCUCAAAUUCAGUUGUGGUGGCCGAUAAGGGCUAUGAUAGUAAUGCUUUUAUUGUGGGUCUUGAGAAUAAAGGGUGUGAGGUUGUUAUUCCUCCGAAGCGUAACCGAAAAGUGCAGAGGUAUUAUGAUGAGCAUAUUUAUAAAGAACGUCAUUUGAUUGAAUGCUUUUUCGGCAAAAUAAAACAUUUUAGGCGGAUUUUUUCAAGAUUUGAUAAGACUGCCACGGUUUAUUUAGGCUUUUUAAACUUCGUUGGGGCCCUCAUAUGGCUUGCUUAA